AUGGCCUUGAUGAAAAGUGUUGAGCAAGCCUACCGAGGCUUCACGCCACAGCAUGAGGAUCAUGGUUCGUUUGGUAACCUGCAUGUCUACACCAUGAACAACAUCGGGGGCAUAUCCAUGUAUCUUGCCCGAACCUUCUUACAAAAGAACAACUACAAGCUCCUACGAAACACCAUCGACAGUUACGCAAGAUUCUUCGCGUCGGCGUAUCAUAACACUCCCGGGCCGAUGGGUAGGCCAGAUCGCGGGCUGCUUCUUCAAAGUUACACGUGGCAGCUCCAACGGCUGCGUGAAGGGCUUCCCGAGCGCUUUUACGCAACACUAGACACUCUGAUCCCCCAACUCCCAAGUAUCUUUGAUCAGGACUGGCCGCUGGUGCCUAAUCACACCGACCUCCUUGAGAAUAACAUCCACGUAGAUCCGGGUACGGGCGCCAUCGUGGGCAUCUGUGACUGGAGGGACGCCGAAAUCAGUCCCUUUGGCAUGUCACUAGGGGGCCUCGAGACAAUGCUUGGGGUCCGGACGAUGAAUGAGCACGGUUGGAGCUACUUCCCUAAUCAUAAUGAGCUCCGAGAGCAUUUUUGGACGACAUUCUACCAGAACCUGGGAGCGACGUCCGAAGCACAGCAGCAGCGCAUCGAGGUUGCGAGGUUGACUGGCCUGUUCCUGGCAAACGGCUUCGUACAGGACCAAUAUGGGAAUAUGCACCCUGCUACAGAGGAGAGCUUGGACUUGCGAUAUCUCGGUGCUGUUGUUCUCGCCUGA